AUGCCGCCGCCCCGCCGCGCCGGCGCGGGCGACACGAGCGCCUUCUUCGCGGCGACGCUGGUGCUGUGGGCCGUGUCGGUGGGGUUCGAGAUCGGCGCCCGGGGACGCCGCGAGCUGGCCGCCGUGGCCGCCGGCUUCGCCUUCUUCCAGGCCGCCAACACGGCCGUCCGCGCCGCGGUCUCCCGCGACCUCUCACUCCUAUCUCGAUUUGCAGUUAUCUUUGUUCUAUUGUGCCAAUGGCGUACCAAAGGCCUUGAGAACAUGUUUCAGCAUGAAGAAUUAGUUGGUAGCAGUUGGAUUGGAGCAUAUUCUGCUCUGUGCUUUUCAUGUGGCUACUUUGCUUAUGACCAAUUGGAUAUGCUCCGCUACCGGCUGUACAGUGGAUGGAUUCCUGGGAUUCUGAUGCAUCACCUUAUUCUGCUUAUUUGCUUUACGCUAGCUCUGUAUCGGAAUGUGACAAUCAACUACCUAAUUCUCACUCUUCUAUGCGAGCACCACCCUCGCCGUGGCCGGUCUCUGAUAUCUCACUUCUGUGGAUCAGUUGUAACCAUACUGCAGAUGCACUCCAUAUUCUUGCACGUAAGGAAAUUGAGGAGAAUGGCUGGAUUCCGUGAUUUCAACAGAAAACUGGUGAAACUGGAAUGGGUACUCAACUGGACUACCUUUGUGACAGCAAGGGUGAUCUGCCACAUAUUGAUCACAUACAGACUGAUCACCGACGCACACAAGUUUGAUAAGGGCAUUGAGCUGCCACUAGCUCUUUCUGGUAUGGCGGGAAUGAAUGUGCUCAAUGUAUCUUUAGGGCUUGAUCUAUUUAAAGCAUUUGCGCGAGAGAGAAAUCAGCAGACGCAUCAGGACUGA